CUGAGCCGGGACACCUCCACCCGAGACACGCGCGCGCGGGCAGAGAGGACCGCGAGACAGAAGAGGGGUCUGAAGCAGGAAGUGGGUGAAACCGUCACGAGGAGGCUCAGAGAGGUUCUCCAGGUUCUGCAGGGAAGGUCGGUCACCUGAUCACGCUCAGCAGUAUGUCAACAAACAAGCAGCUGUGAAUCAGCUGACUGCACAUACCAACCUGAGGUGUGAGCUUUCAUUAAAAACCAGUCAACCAGGCCGGCUCUUCCUCACCAACCAUGUCGAACGAGCGCACCCCCCUGAUCACCUCAGGCGUUUGUGGCCUUGCUGUGACCGCGGCGGCAUGCGGCGCAGAGUCGGACGCCACCCCCGAAUCCAACUCGGGGACGCCGAGCAAAGACCCUCGAAAACUGAACACUUUCUUUGGGGUGAUGGUGCCGACCAUCCUCUCCAUGUUCAGCAUCAUUCUGUUCCUGCGGAGCGGGUUCGUGGUGGGUCAUGCAGGGCUGUUACAGGGUCUCUUGAUGCUGGUCGUCGCCUACACCAUCAUAUCUCUGACUAUACUGUCCAUCUGUGCCAUCUCCACCAACGGUGCCAUACAAGGAGGUGGAGCUUACUACAUGAUCAGUCGCUCUCUGGGUCCAGAGUUCGGAGGAAGCAUCGGUUUGAUGUUCUUCCUGGCCAAAGUGUGUGCAUGUGGAGAGUAUGUUCUCGGUCUCGUGGAGGCGAUCCUUGACGUGUUUGGUUCAGAUCCUGAGUCUUCUGUGUCCGGAGGGGUCCACGUCCUCCCUCAGGGUUACUGGUACACAGUCCUGUACUCCUCAGUCAUCCUGCUGCUGUGUCUCCUCGUCUGUCUGGUCGGCGCCCACAUCUACUCCCGCACCGCCUUCGUCAUCUUGCUGGUGGUCACCGUGUCCCUGCUGUCCAUCUUCAUCAGCUCCGUGGCGGUCAAGCCUCGGGAUUUUGUCAUCACCCACCAGAGACCCGGUAACCAGACGGUCCACUUCAACGCCAGCUACACGGGCUACAACGCCACCACGCUGAGGAGCAACCUGGCCUCUGGUUACACUUUGGACUACAGCACCAACUCUGUCAUGUCUUUUGCCACCGUGUUUGCCGUCAUGUUCACCAGCUGCACGGGGAUCAUGGCCGGCGCCAACAUGUCAGGCGAGCUGAAGACUCCGAGUGUGUCCAUCCCUAAAGGCACCAUCGUAGCCGUCUUCUACACCUUCACCGUCUACGCCCUCCUCUUCAUCUUGGUCAGCGCCACCUGCGACAGGACGCUGCUGGUUCAGGAUUACGGCUUCCUCCAGAAAAUCAACAUCUGGCCUCCGUUUGUCACCAUCGGGAUCUACUGCGCCUCGCUGUCAGCUGCUAUGUGCUCUAUGAUCGGAGCGUCCCGGAUCCUCCACGCUCUCGCUCUGGAUCAACUCUUUGGUUUGCCGUUGGCGCCGGCCGCCGUCACAUCGAGCUCGGGGAAUCCGUGGGUGGCGGUUCUGUACACGUGGGGCCUGGCACAGUGCGUCGUGUUUGCAGGUCAGCUCAACUCUAUCGCCAGUUUGGUGACUGUUUUCUACCUGCUCGCCUACGCUGCGGUUGACCUCGCCUGUUUGGCUCUCGAGUGGGCGUCUGCGCCAAAUUUCAGGCCGACCUUCCAGCUCUUCUCCUGGCACACCUGCCUGCUGGGGAUUCUCAGCUGUUUGGUGAUGAUGUUCGUCAUCAACCCCGUGUACUCGUCGGGCAGCAUCGUCCUCCUCUUGCUGCUGCUGCUCUUCCUCCACUACAGAUCGCCCACCAGCAGCUGGGGCUACAUCAGCCAGGCGCUCAUCUUCCAUCAGGUGCGUAAGUAUCUGUUGAUGCUGGACGUGAGGAAAGACCACGUGAAGUUCUGGAGGCCUCAGGUGCUGCUGAUGGUGGCCAACCCUCGCUCUUCCUGUCAGCUCAUCCUGUUUGUCAACCAGCUGAAGAAGGGAGGGCUGUUCGUGUUGGGCCACGUGCAGCUGGGAGAUCUGGACACGCUGCCCUCUGACCCGGUCCAGCAGCAGUACAACUUCUGGUUGAGCCUCGUCGAUAAACUUGGGGUGAAGGCCUUCGUGGACCUGACGCUGUCUCCCUCCGUCCGACAGGGAACGCAGCAUCUGCUGCGCAUCACCGGCCUCGGUGGCAUGAAGCCCAACACUCUGGUUUUGGGUUUCUAUGACAGCUGCACCCCUGAGGACUUCUUCCUACAGGACACGGCGUUCUGCGACUCCUCGGUCGGACAAGGGACUGAGGAUGAGUAUAACUUUGGGGUGGACUUGCCUUCGUUACAGGCUCAUUUCCCUCCGGUCCGACAUGUCGAGAGCCCGCGCUGGCUGUCACCUGAGGAGUACAUAGGGAUCAUCUCUGACGCCCUUAAAAUGAGCAAGAACGUGUGCCUCGCUCGGUAUUUCUUCCAGUUAGAAGGAGAAGGUAAAGACAGCAAGGUGGACGGGUCGGAGCGGACUAUAGAUGUGUGGCCUCUCAACCUGCUGCAGCCCGGCAGCCGUGAUUACGAGGACGUGUGCAGCCUCUUCCUGCUGCAGAUGGCCUGCGUCCUCAACAUGUCCAACAAGUGGCGCCACGCAAGGAUGAGAAUCUUCCUGAACGUGGAGACCGAGUCCAACGACCAAGGCUGGGUGGUGAACGAAGAGACGUUCCGGGAGUUGCUGAAGAAGCUGAGGAUCAGGGCGUCUAUAAAGAUCGUGCCGUGGGACUCGGUGGUGCAGCAUCACGUUCAGUCGGCCGGCGAGCCGACCCAAGCUCUGUCCGAGGACUUCCUGUCCGCCGUCAACGCCAUGCUGAUGGAGCACAGCUCGCAAGCCGCUGUUCGCUUCCUGUAUUUACCCCGCCCUCCGGCUCAUCACAGCCAAUCACAGCAGUACCUGGCUCAGGUGGAAGCAGUGACCAACGGUUUAGGACCAACGCUCCUGAUUCACGGCGUCACGCCUGUCACGUACACAGACCUGUGAGCACGAGCUUUCCUGUUUUAUGAGUAGCAGCAGCGCAAGUUUAAACUGUGGUUAAACAUAAAGCCAUGAAGUGCUAAAGGUACGGUAUGUAGCAGCUUUGUUUCGUCGUUUAGCUGAAGCUUAGAGAUGCCACAGCAAAGUGCACUUUUUAAAAAAUGCCACUUGAGCUUUUUGCAAUGAAAACAGAUGUUUUCCUGUUCUCAGAUACUUGAAGCGGCCCGAGCCGAGAAAUGGGAGAAUACUAAUAAAACGUUUGCAGGUGUGAAUUAUGUCGACGUAACCUCUGGUUGGCUUCAGCAUUUAGCUUCUCACAUAAGGCAGAUAUAAAAAUGUGUCAAAGACUCAACACACAGUUUAUUUUGAGAAAUACGGGUUGUCUAACACCAGAACCCCACCGGGCACGUCUCCGUUACGUCUACGCAACUUCAAACCUCAGUCCAGACUUUAGCUUGCUCAGAUUUGGUCUUUUUUCUGUUUUUUGUGCUUCCAAAUGUGCAAAUAUGUAUUUAAUUUAAAAAACAGUCAUGUAUUCUCUGCAGAGACGAGUGGAGACCGGGGACGCUUCAAUUGCACUUAGCUCCGUACACGUAACGUGUCUCAUCCGCGCCCGGUGGAAUUUGGCCAUAAGACAUGGGAUAUAGAAACGUCUGUGUAUAUUUUCAGGGAUUACAUGUCGAGUUUGUGGUGUUUUCUCAUAACAGAUGACUUUAAUAGUUUUUUUAUUAACUGCAUUUUUGCUGCUCGCCUCUCUGGACCAGGUGACCCAAAGACGUUCAGGUUUUUGUUGCGUGUUCGUCUGCGAUCAUGUUUUCCUGUUACUGUUUAAUCUCGAGUCUUUACGAAAGAAAUGAACUGUUUUGUACUUCCGACCUCGGAAAGAAGAACAGCACAGCUGUUACUUGGAUGUUCGUCAUUCUUCAUGAUGCACUGAUGGUUACCAACGAUGAUGAAAGCAGAACAAGUCAUCACAUUUUAACAUUCAAAAUAAUUUAACUUACUUACAAAGUACAGAGUAAAACCUUCCUGCGUUUCUGUCUUUUAGUUUUACAGUGUUGCGGCGCUCGCGUGGACACAGAUGCUGAAUAAGUCAUCGGUCGCCUGGCUCGGCAUGUUCCAUCGACAGUUAAAACAGUGAAUGAGAAAGCCUUAAAGAACUGACACUUGUAUACCAACGCUCUGUAAGUGUAUAUAUUAAACUGCUGUUUGUCAUAGAAGUAAAUAUAUGCUAACUCUA